AUGCUAAUAGCUGCCCCAGAGAAAUCCAACGCCCCCAACGGGGAAACCAACGCCCCCAACGGGGAAACCAACGCCCCCAACGGGGAAACCAACGCCCCCAACGGGGAAACCAACGCCCCCAACGGGGAAACCAACGCCCCCAACGGGGAAACCAACGCCCCCAACGGGGAAACCAACGCCCCCAACGGGGAAACCAACGCCCCCAACGGGGAAACCAACGCCCCCAACGGGGAAACCAACGCCCCCAACGGGGAAACCAACGCCCCCAACGGGGAAACCAACGCCCCCAACGGGGAAACCAACGCCCCCAACGGGGAAACCAACGCCCCCAACGGGGAAACCAACGCCCCCAACGGGGAAACCAACGCCCCCAACGGGGAAACCAACGCCCCCAACGGGGAAACCAACGCCCCCAACGGGGAAACCAACGCCCCCAACGGGGAAACCAACGCCCCCAACGGGGAAACCAACGCCCCCAACGGGGAAACCAACGCCCCCAACGGGGAAACCAACGCCCCCAACGGGGAAACCAACGCCCCCAACGGGGAAACCAACGCCCCCAACGGGGAAACCAACGCCCCCAACGGGGAAACCAACGCCCCCAACGGGGAAACCAACGCCCCCAACGGGGAAACCAACGCCCCCAACGGGGAAACCAACGCCCCCAACGGGGAAACCAACGCCCCCAACGGGGAAACCAACGCCCCCAACGGGGAAACCAACGCCCCCAACGGGGAAACCAACGCCCCCAACGGGGAAACCAACGCCCCCAACGGGGAAACCAACGCCCCCAACGGGGAAACCAACGCCCCCAACGGGGAAACCAACGCCCCCAACGGGGAAACCAACGCCCCCAACGGGGAAACCAACGCCCCCAACGGGGAAACCAACGCCCCCAACGGGGAAACCAACGCCCCCAACGGGGAAACCAACGCCCCCAACGGGGAAACCAACGCCCCCAACGGGGAAACCAACGCCCCCAACGGGGAAACCAACGCCCCCAACGGGGAAACCAACGCCCCCAACGGGGAAACCAACGCCCCCAACGGGGAAACCAACGCCCCCAACGGGGAAACCAACGCCCCCAACGGGGAAACCAACGCCCCCAACGGGGAAACCAACGCCCCCAACGGGGAAACCAACGCCCCCAACGGGGAAACCAACGCCCCCAACGGGGAAACCAACGCCCCCAACGGGGAAACCAACGCCCCCAACGGGGAAACCAACGCCCCCAACGGGGAAACCAACGCCCCCAACGGGGAAACCAACGCCCCCAACGGGGAAACCAACGCCCCCAACGGGGAAACCAACGCCCCCAACGGGGAAACCAACGCCCCCAACGGGGAAACCAACGCCCCCAACGGGGAAACCAACGCCCCCAACGGGGAAACCAACAAAGAACAAUGCUUCCUGCAGUCUGAAUUCAAAUGUAACAGCCUGUACAUGGCCCAGCCAUUGGCAGAAAAGAAGAUGUUGCAUGUAAUGUGCAAUUUAGUGUGA